GAAUUUCGUAACCUAGCUUACAGGAGUAUAAUUGUGUUGGAGGUUAUACAAGAUAUAAUUCAGGAUGGUGCGUAUGAACGUGUUGAGCGAUGCGCUCAAAUCUAUCAACAAUGCUGAAAAGCGUGGCAAAAGACAAGUUCUGAUCAGGCCAUGCUCCAAAGUUAUCAUUAGGUUCUUGACUGUAAUGAUGAAGAAGGGUUACAUUGGUGAAUUCGAAAUUGUAGAUGAUCACAGAAGUGGCAAAAUCAUCGUCAAUUUAACCGGUAGAUUAAACAAAUGCGGAGUUAUCUCGCCUAGAUUCGAUGUCCCAAUUACACAAAUUGAAAAAUGGACCAACAAUCUUUUACCCUCAAGACAGUUUGUCUUUUACAGGCGUUGUAAUUCUUGUAACGUUCCGGUUAUAGUGGUUCAAAAUGACUUGCAAAAGGCGUAAUGGAGGAAGGUCCAAACAUGGACGUGGUCAUGUUAAGCCCGUCCGUUGCACCAACUGUGCAAGAUGCGUCCCUAAAGACAAGGCAAUCAAAAAAUUCGUGAUUAGGAAUAUCGUCGAAGCUGCCGCUGUCAGAGAUAUCACCGAGGCUUCAGUAUAUAACCAAUACACAUUGCCCAAACUUUAUGCCAAGUUGCACUACUGUGUGUCUUGCGCCAUCCACAGCAAAGUAGUAAGAAAUAGGUCUAAGAAAGAUAGGAGGAUCAGAACACCCCCACAGAGGAACUUCCCUGGUAGAGACCAGAGAACCCAACCUCAGAGGAAAUGAGCAUUUUUCUGUAUUUUCUGUAUUGAAUAUGUUGUAUUGACUACUAGCGGUGGCAUCAUGGACCAUGAAGAAGCUAGAAGGAAACAUCUUGGAGGCAAAAUUCUUGGUUUCUUCUUUUAGUAAUUUGUAUCAAAU